UUGGGGCUCAAGCCUGACCAAGUGAUGGCUUGUGUGUGUCCCCGGACCCACCCUGGGCCAAGACCUGUACACGGCGUAGGCCUCGCUACAGGUACAGGGGAAGAGCCCAAGGCGUUAUGCAGAUGCACGUGUUGAAAAACAGCUGUGAUGCUGCCUAGGCGGCUAGGUUUGCCACGUAUUCCAGACAGAAGUGGAGCAAUGUCCUAUGUUUUUGUAAAUGAUUCUUCCCAGACAAAUGUACCCCUCUUACAGGCUUGCAUUGAUGGAGAUUUUAACUAUUCUAAGCGGCUGCUGGAGAGUGGCUUUGACCCUAAUAUUCGGGACAGUCGUGGCCGAACUGGUCUCCAUCUUGCAGCAGCCAGAGGAAAUGUAGACAUAUGUCAGCUGUUGCACAAAUUUGGUGCCGAUCUACUGGCCACUGAUUACCAAGGUAACACAGCCCUUCACCUAUGUGGGCACGUGGAUACUAUCCAGUUCCUAGUCUCUAAUGGACUCAAGAUUGAUAUUUGCAAUCACCAAGGUGCAACACCACUUGUUCUGGCAAAACGAAGAGGAGUAAAUAAAGAUGUGAUUCGAUUGCUGGAGUCUUUGGAGGAGCAGGAGGUGAAAGGGUUUAACAGAGGAGCUCACUCUAAGAUGGAAACCAUGCAAACUGCGGAAAGUGAAAGUGCAAUGGAAAGCCAUUCCCUCCUUAAUCCAAAUCUGCAGCAAGGUGAAGGGGUGCUUUCCAGCUUCCGCACAACAUGGCAAGAGUUUGUGGAGGACCUUGGAUUCUGGAGGGUGCUACUCCUGAUCAUUGUCAUUGCCCUUCUCUCUCUCGGAAUCGCAUACUAUGUUAGUGGGGUGCUUCCUUUUGUGGAAAAUCAGCCUGAAUUGGUGCAUUAAAGCAAAUUAAAAGAGGCACAACAGUCUUUUCCUGAGUUCUAAUUUGUAUUUUGAGCUUUUAUAAUUCUUAAUGCAGCUGUGUAUACUGUUUGCCUUUUAUAUGUACUGCUUACCCUUUUGGAAGAGAGCUGCAUUAUUUCUGCCAGCAACACUAAAUUCUAAAGCAUUCCUAGGCUACCGCUGACAUAUCUUGAUUUCUAAUAAAAACGUAUAGAUAGUAGUCUAUAUUGAUCAAAUGUGAUGGUUAUAAAAAGAUCCUUCAUAAAUAAAUAACAAUUUCUUGAGCAUGAAAAAUGUGACAUUGUACAGAACCAAAUCAGCUUCUUUUCCAUAUAAAAAAGUGAACGUUCUUUUCCUAUGUUUCAGCAAUUUAAACAUUUUGUCCUGUAUUGUUGUGGAACAUUGUCUCAUGCAGAAUAACUGUGCUUUCUUAGAAACUACAUUAAACAGUAUUUGUAGUUUUGUGGGAGGAUUUAAUUAGAAUGUAAUUUUGGUAAUAUUGCUGUCAAUUUCAGCUAUUUUCAAAUGUCACUAAAAACUGAUGGGGCACUUGAGUUAAGAUAAUUCAGUGCUACAGUGAGUGUCUUAAUAUUUGGGACUUAUGGAAAUUUAAAUCUGGCCCAAUACAAGGUCUUUGUUGUAGUUAAUCUAAGGUUAUUAUAUAUGUUGAUUUCAUACUCUUUUAUCGAGAGAGGGUAAAUAUGCAUGCAGUAAUGUUGGGAUUGUCAAAGGUGCCCACCUUCCAUUCAGUUUAGUUGCAGUUAGGUACCUAGCUUCCUUAGGUGGCUUGGACAAUUCCAGUCUAAGUAAAUUCAGUAAACUUUAAUAUAAUAGCAAAAUGAUUUUUAAUUGAAAGCGUUCAGAUUAUUUUGCAAUAAUUUAGGAUCAUUUUAAAGUCAGAAAUUACAGUAAAUGCGAGUGGAUAUAAAUAUAUCUUAUUAUUGUGUUAAUAAGUUUCUGUUGUCUUUAUUUUGUGGGCAUUGACUGAGGAGACUUCUUCUGUUUAUAGUAGGCUUCCCUAAAUAUCUGUUCUAAAUUGCUUCUGAAGAAUUGAGUUUUAUUUUUCAUUUAGAAGCUAUUGUCUCAAAAUGGUACAAAUGCAGCAAAGAAGGAAACCUCCCAAAUGAGUUUCUCUUCUAAAGUUUAGUUUGUUGUUAAUCUGUUUUUGAAUAGAGGAACAUAAGCUAUUAUAUAUAAACUGCUUUCACUCAUAUAGGUAAGUUCAUUUCUGUUAAGAAUACUGUGUCAUAUGCUAUAUUAAAUAAUUAUGUUUUCCAUUAUGCGCACUCAGUAUCAUUUGUAAAUGUAUUUUAAAUGUGGAUAAAUGCCAGAAAUAAAGGUGUAUGAGUAAA